UUCAUGCUCAGUAGAACUUCCACCUGUGCCGUAGUAGGUUAUGGAUAUACCUAAUGCGCUGCCUUUGUUAGGUUACAUUGGCUCUUAGUUUAGUUUAGUCUCUGUUAUCUUGUUUUUCUGAUGUUCAGUAGUGUUGCAGUUACAGUUGCAGUUAAUAUUAACUAUCCAGAGAGUGGAUAUGUUGUGCUACAUUUCCAGGAUCCAUAUUUUGGUCAGUCUUUCCAGUCUUCUCAUCUUUUUUGGGGGCAUCUAUAUCUACUUAGGACAUAGCUCCCCAUCCUUCAGCUUUUGCCCGGACAAUGGCUGGAGGAUCAGAGACCUAACAAUGCAAACUGGACUGAAAUAUGCUCAGCCAAGCACACAGAAUGGACGCACUGAUGUGAACUCAGUUACGAACUGGAAUGCUCCUCUGGUUUGGGAGGGAACCUUUGAUCCAGUGGUUAUCGAUGCAAUCUAUAAGAAAAUGGACCCAAGAGUUGCUGUGGUGGUGUUUGCUGUUGGCAAAUACACACGUUUCCUGAAGGGCUUCCUGGAGUCAGGUGAAAAGUAUUUUCUUGUUGACUUCAGGGUCACUUACUACAUCUUCACAGACAACGAACAAGAUGUCACCAAAAUUAAACUGGGUAAGGGCCGGACACUUUCAGUUGUCACCAUCCCUAGUGCCAAACGCUGGCAGGAAGUAGUACUUGGCAGGAUGAAAUGGACCACCAUCACUAUUGACAAACAGAUCCGUAAUGAAGCAGACUAUCUUUAUAUGAUGGACAUCGACAGUGUCUUCCACAGCCGUUUUGGAGCAGAGUCUCUCAGUCAGCUGUCGGCUGUGCUUCACCGUGGCUACUACAAGAAUACACAAAGGGAUCAGUUCCCGUAUGAGCGUCGGCCUGAAUCCAAGGCCUUCAUUCCUAAUGAUGAAGGAGACUAUUAUUACACUGCGGCUGUCUGGGGUGGAUACCUGGAGGACAUGUACAAGCUUGUCAAAUACUGUUACACACAGUCGGAGGAGGACGCCAAGAAUGAGAUUGAAGCUGUAUGGCAGGAAGAGAGUCACCUCAACAAGUACCUGCUGUACAACAAACCAACCAAGGUGCUGUCUCCAGAGUACUUGUGGUCAGAUUAUGAUAGCAUACCACAAGACAUUAAAGUUGUCAGGAUCUCCCAGUUGGUCAAGAACUAUGCAGAAGUGCGGCCCAAUGGUGGACAGUGAUUCAAGUCGCUGAUAUUCAGG